AUGCUUACCACUGACAGAAAGCUUUUUUAUAAAUAUAAAUGUGUACAAAUAUUCCCAAUAAUAAUGGCAACAAUAACAUUAAUGAAAGGAGAUCUAUUUACAAAACAAGGUUUUGCUAGCAUAUUGAUUAUAUGCAGAUUAAAUGAUAAAAGAGAAAAUGAUAUAAUAGAAGUUAGAAAAAACAUUACUAGAAGUAUUAGAGAAGUGAAAGGAUGUUAAAGAGACUUUAAAACAAUUACAUUUUCAAAUCCUGGGUGGUUUCAUUAAUGAAAACUGUUCUAAUAUUAUAUUGCUUGCCAUUGUAUUCAGGAAUGUGGUUAUAUGAUUUAAAUUGACUUUCCAGAUCUGUCAGCAAUUGUUAUAGGCAGACCAUACAGAUUAUUUGGAAAGUUACAUUAUUGCUAAGCACAUUUUCCAAAUGCUUAAAAUGAAACAGUAGUUUUUAAAGUGAUUGGAAUACAUCUUCUUUCACUCAUGCUCCUUCUUCCUCUUGUUAGUAAAACUAUUGUCUACUUAAAAGAAAAGAAAUACAAAAUUGACAUUUAGUAGUUUUCCUCUGGUGCCAUGGUAUGGUUCAGGAUAAACUAAAUUCUGAGAUCAAACACAUCGUACAUUUAUUUUUAGAUAUACAGAUCCUAUAGACUGUAUUCAUCACGGGGCAGUAAAUAUCAAAGCAACAGAGUAAAAACGCAGUAAGAACUUUAAGAUAUAUUUUAAGUAUCAUUGUCAUCCCAUUUAUUGAGUCUAGUUUGUGUGCCAUGGGGUAGAUAAGAGUAUUAAGAUGCAUAAAAAUCUCACUCUUCAGUUAUGUGCUUAUUUUCCUGAGGCCAGAUCUACUGGAGUGAAUUCUAAAUUAACAAGUAUUAGCAUUGCACUGUAUACCAUGACAUUAAGAGCUCAAUGAAUGAAAGUUCAUUGAAAGAGUAAUGUUAGAACUGCAGCGUGAAGAAGAAAGAAAAAAACAAAAAUUACAAAGCCAACUCUUUAAAAACUCUGCUGCAGUUUUCAGUUAACAUAACUUUUAUGAACACACCAAAAACGGGUCAUGUAUGAAGACCCCAAAAACAUCCAAGCACUUUUUUAAUAUUCGCCACUAUUACUUUUUUAUUACUUGUGGAACAGAAUCCCUUGCACUUUCCCUUCUGACCUCAGGGUGUCGCUGUUAGCCAACGGGGACGCCGAAGAGAAUAGCGAAGAGCUGUUUGUUAUACAGACGCUUCCUAAAGGAGGAUUUCAGCAUUUCGUUAAAGACAGGGAAAACAGUUGAUCACAAAUGCAAAGCAGUCUUGCGAAACGGGAAGGUCCCAGACAUUAAGAAGAAACGAGAGUGUUUCUUACUAUUCUGCGUUCUGAUGAGAUUUUGAGGCAGUCACUUUAUCGCAGAGGAGAUGGAGCGAGGGCAAGGAGGGAAUGGCAGAGCAAUCCGAAGGCAAGUACUAUCGCUCUUAGUCUUGUCGGUUUCCUACCGGGCCGUCUCCGAACAGAUUCAUUAUGCCAUCCCCGAGGAGAUGUCAAAAGGUUCUAUAGUGGGGAAUCUUGCAAAGGAUCUAAGACUGAGUCUCAGAGAACUGGCAAUGCGCAAAAUGCACGCCAUCUCUCUGGACGAGGUGCAGUAUUUCACAAUCAAUGCAGGAAAUGGAAACCUCUGUGUGAAUGAGAGGAUAGAUAGGGAAGAAAUAUGUGGCCGUAUCCCACUGUGUGUUCUUAAUCUUAAAGUGGUUAUUGAAAAUCCAUUAAAUAUUUACCAUCUAAAAAUAGAGAUACAAGACAUUAAUGAUAAUUCUCCACAGUUUCUCAAUAGCAUAAUCCAGUUGGAGAUAAUUGAAACAACACAAAUAGGCACCAGAUUCCUUCUUGGGAAUGCCAAAGAUCCAGACAUUGGCACAAACGCUUUACAGAAUUAUCAUCUUAGCACCAAUCCUUACUUUACUUUGGAUGUGAAAGAGAGUCAAGAUGGAAAUAAAUUUGCAGAUUUAGUACUCCAGAAAUCACUUGAUCGCGAGAGUGAACCAACGGUACAGCUAACACUUACUGCCCUAGAUGGCGGAAAACCCAGAAAAACUGGAACAGCCCAAAUAUGGAUCAAUGUCACCGAUGCCAAUGAUAAUCCGCCUAUAUUCACCCAAGACGUCUACACAGUCAGUCUGAGGGAAAACCUACCAGUUGGGUUCCUGGUGCUGCAACUUGUAGCUUCAGAUAAAGAUGAAGGCUCAAAUGCACAAAUCAGAUAUUAUUUCAGCAAUAUACCACUGAGUGGCAAUAAGAAGUUCAGCCUAGAUUCAACCAGUGGAAUGAUUUCUCUUGUGGAACCAUUGGACUUUGAGGAAAGCUCAGAAUAUGUGAUGACUGUAGCAGCAAAAGAUGGAGGUGGAUCAAUGACCCAUUGUAAAGUAGAAGUAAAAAUCCUUGAUGAGAAUGAUAAUGUGCCAGAAAUGAUGUUCGCAUCCAUUUUUAAUCCAAUUCUAGAAGAUUCUCAGAUUGGAACAGUUAUUGCUCUAAUUAAAACAAAUGACAAAGACAUGGACGAUAAUGGAAAGGUCAUUUGUUAUUUAGAAAAUGACUUGCCAUUCAAGAUUCUUCCAUCAUCUGACAACUACUACACUCUCUUGACAGAUAAAACUUUAGACAGGGAAAAAGCAUCUCAGUAUAAUAUUACAAUCACAGCCACUGACAAAGGAACUCCUCCAUUAACCACCCACAAAACCAUCUUGCUGCAAAUCUCUGAUAUCAAUGACAAUGCUCCUGCUUUUGAAAAAACUUCCUACAGCAUCUAUGUGCCAGAGAACAAUCCUUCUGGUGCCUCCAUCUUCCAGAUUCAAGCCUUUGAUCCGGAUGUGGAUCAAAACUCACAGAUCACAUAUUCAAUCCUCACCAGCAACAUUGAAGAAUUUCCCAUCUCCUCCUAUAUCUCCAUUCACUCUGAGACCGGCAUCAUCUAUGCCCAGCGAUCCUUUGACUAUGAACAGUUCAGGGAAUUCCAGCUGCAGGUGAAGGCCCAAGAUGGUGGGAGUCCCCCUCUUAGCAGCAACGUCACAGUCAGGGUGUUUAUCCUGGAUCGGAAUGACAACAGCCCCCAAAUCCUGUCCCCUUCAACAGAUUCCAAGGACUCUGCCCUCUUUGAGAUGGUCCCUCGUUCAGCUGAGGCAGAUUAUCUGGUAACAAAGGUGGUGGCUGUGGAUGCUGAUUCUGGACACAACGCCUGGCUCUCCUACCAGCUGAUUCAGGCCACAGAACCAGCCCUCUUCACUGUUGGCUCCCAUACGGGUGAGAUCAGGACAGCAAGAACCUUUUUGGAAAGAGAUGCUGUGAAACAGAGACUGGUCCUUCUGGUGAAGGAUAAUGGACAACCGACUCUCUCGGCCUCUGUUACUCUGAACCUGGUGUUUGCUGAGAACUUCCAGGAGGCCCUUCCAGAGAUGAAAAACCAGAUGAAGAGUUCAGAGGAUCAGUCUGACCUGCAGUUCUAUUUGGUGGUGGCUUUAGCUGUGAUGUCAUUUUUAUUCCUCUUGUCAGUCAUUCUGGCCGUUGCCAUCAAACUCAGGCAGUCAGGAAAUUCCAGCUUCUUACCAUGUUUUGCUCCCGUUUCCCAUUCCACAGCUGGGGUCAUAUUUCCACCCAAUUUUCAAGAUGGGACUCUGCCUUAUUCCUACCAGCUUUGCCUGUCCUCAGAAUCCAGAAAGAAUGAAUUUACUUUUCUGGCACCAAACAUUCAUAUUGCAGAGAAUGUGCUUUGUGGUGAAAAAACUGAGAUGCCUCUUUCAAGCAACGGAGGGAAAACAUUACAACCUGAGAUGGAGAAUAAUGGGAAGCUAAAUUGCAUUCACCAUUUUGGAACUGCCUCAUGCUACUGAUUCAUGCAAUUUGGAAUUAAAGGCUGAAGAGAACUAGAGUCAGCAGUUUGGAUUGUCAGUGGAUUUUUGUAUCUUCACUUUCAUGGCAUUAGUUUGUAGUGCUUGUUCUUGAGCAGCAAGUAUUAAACCUUCCGUUUCUUUCUUGAUGGUUUCUCUCUUAAGCCAGGCCCAUGUCAAGUUGUUACCACAUUUUCCUUCAAUGUUUUUCAACUGCUGUCCAUGUAGAGCUUUGGUUUUCCAUCCACUUAAUCUGUCAUCCAACUGUUUUUCCUUAUAUUCUGCCUUUGUUUCUGUUGUUUUUAUAAUGUUUUCCAUUUUCACAGCCUGCAACAAUCUUUCUGUGCUUUGGUUCACAUAAUCAUUCAAACUUCAUUUUUCUUCUUCUGCAGUUUGAUGGAUUUGCAAUAGCCCUGUGCCCCCUAUUCUUCUUGGCAGGUACAACCUGUCGGUAUCACUUCAUGGAUAUAAAGCAUAGUACAUAUUCAAAAGUUUAUGCGUUUUCCGGUCCAUGUUUUCCAGUUCAGCCACAGUCCAGUUGAUGAUUCCAGCUGGGUAUCACUGGAACUGCCCAUAUAUUAAUGGCUUUAAUUAUGUUUCCAGCAUUCAGCUUUGAUUUUAAUGUUUUGCAUUGACUCUUUGACUUUUCCAUUCAAGAUGUUAUCUGCUUCUAAUAUGCCUAGGUAUUUGUAACUGUCAUCCUUUGCUAAUGCUUUCAUGAUGCUUCCAUUUCCCAGUUCUAUUCCUUCUAUUUUUUCCAGUUUUCCUUGGUGCAUACCUGUAGAUAGUAUAGCACAUUUUACAAGUCCAAAGUUCAUUCUGAUGUCGCUACUGAACAUCAUCAUCAUCAUCAUCAUCAUCAUCAUCAUCAUCAUCAUCAUCAUUAUUAUUAUUAUUAUUAUUAUUAUUAUUAUUAUUAUUAUUAUUAUUAUUAUUUUAUUUACACAAAAUGACCGUAUACACAGCAAACAAGAUAACUAUGCUGGAUUUUGUAUCACAGAUCACUAGUCGCACACUUCCCAAGCGUUUAGGACUGUGUAAUGUAUCAGCGAAUUAUGCGAGCAGAUCCCAGUAAGGUGGCUUUCUGCAGCUGACCAAUGGUGAUCUUGUCAGUGCCAAUUGCUUUUAAGUGCUUGCCUAUUGUUGUUGUUGUUAUUAUUAUUAUUAUACACCAUUUUUUUGUUUGUUUAUUUAAUGUCAUGUGAGUAUAAUUCCUCAAGCUCAAUAAUAUUUGGGAAAAAUUCUGUUAUUGUAUAGAACAGUUUGUAAAUUGUUGAUAACAUCUUUAACAAAAUAUUAGUGAUAUAAUGCAUAAGAUAAUUAUGGGAGAAAGGUUAUUUCCAUUUCUUUUUUUAUUAUUAUGCAAUUUUCUUUGUUAUAUAUAAAAUUUCGAUAUUCACAAUAGCAGUGUACUGUCUGGGUACAAUCUCUUUUACAUACACAUAAUAAAUCUUGUACGUGCAAUAAUUAUGACUGUUUUUCUCAAAAUCUAUUUGCCAUGGUCUUUGCUAAUCCUUAUUAAACAUUUUCCAUUGUUUAAUUAAACAUCCUGUUCAUUUUUCUCUAUAAUCAAUUUAUACUAUCUGACAUUACAAACAUAAUGUCUUAUACUAAUUAUUCAAUAUUCAUUAUUUAAUUACAAUUACUUCACCUUUGUUUACAUAUCCUCCUUGAUUCUAAAUUUCCAACUUUGCUUCUAUUUUCUAACCAUUAAUAAAAUAGCUCCCAAGUUAAAGAGUAAUAUUUUCCCCAUUUCUAGUUUCUACCUCUAUACUAAUUUUUAAUAGAACAACUCCUAUAUUAGACUGUACUCUACAUCUGUCCCUCAUCUCUUGCCCAUUUUCAUAUCUCAUCUCUUAUUGACUUCUUGGCACAUCUCCCAUAUUCCUCCCUUGGGGUCUUAUAUCUUCUUAUAUCAUUCAUGUUUAAUCUAAGUAUUUCAUCUCUCUCUAUCACUUCUUCACUCUGUUGAGCCUUCAGUAGACCUUUCAAUGAUCCUUUCCUCACUUCAGGGGUGUCCUUCCAUGUGUUCUCUUCUGUUUUUUGAUCUCUUAAAGUGUAAUUUACUUUUUCUAUUUCAUCAGCUUUUACUCUCUCUUCUUUUUUUUUGGUAUCCUUUGUCAUUUUUCCUCCCCUGUCAUUUCCUCUGUUCUUUCUAUUUGCUUCUCUACUUCCUGGAUUUCAUAUUCAUUAUUCAGUGUCUUAUGCUCAUAAUUUUCUGAUCUUAAACUACGUCCUGUACUAAUUCCUUUAUCUCCUUAUGAUUCCUUGUCAUCAUUUCCUGCAUACCUUGGAGAAACAAUAAUAUUUCUUUUAAUAAUACAUUUAUUUCCCCCAUUAUACCAUUUUGCCUUAUUUUAAUGAAUUAAAAAGUUACUCAGUGAUCUAUUCAGAUCCCAAUGUCCCAGUUAUUCAUCUCACCAAGAAAGCCAAUAUUAGAGCACUUCACAAAAUCACUCCCUUAACUAGUCUGUUAGCAACCUUCACGUAAUUUCAAAACAAAUCCAAGCUGUUUCCCAGUCUCACACUGUCCAGCAUAUUUGUAAUCCUCAAGUUCUAAAAUUUGAAUGUUUUCACAAUCUGUCUCCAAACACCAAGUAUAAUCAAUUUACAGGUAUUGUUUAGUGUAUGCCAAUUAAUCUGUAGACUAAACAACUUUCACUCCAGUAGAUGUCACUGUUACUCUUUUUCUCCACUUUUGCUGCAAAUAAAAUAUCUCCAAAAAUAUUUUCCAAUAAUUUUCCAAAGGCCUUCAAAUCAAGAUGGCAAUAAAAGUAUAAUCCAAUAUUUUGAAACAAUUUAAAUUGCUAAAAACUAGCCAAUCCAGUCUAUCCUUUAUCUUUAAGGUUGCUUCUACCUGCAAUUUCUUUUCUUUCUUUUCCAAAUCUGACAGUAGCUCCAGGUCUUAGUUGCCGCUAUUCAACUCAAUUGAGUCCCACUUUUCAAAGGGGGUGUUUUUUAGGGGAAAUUCCAUGGCAAAAGUUAGAAAGUUCUUACCCAGACUGAGCACACUGUUACAGGAUCUUUCCUUUCUUCUCUUUCAUUUCAACUGUCAUGGCUUCGGUUCAGCCAUAAUGGCUGUUUUCUCUUCCACUGGUUAAAGGGGCUUUAUUUGGGUCAAACAAGGAGACUGCACUCUCCUCGCAACCACCGAAGCAUCCUCUCUGUCUUCUACACCCCUACAGGGUGACUUUUGGCCCUGCAAAGCCUCCUGACUAAAAGAAUUUGACAGGACUUUUCGAAGCUACUGGUCAUCCACACCACUUCGCCACAACUUUGGCUGCUUUCCAGAGAAGCUAGCAAUAAAUAUUAUUGAGAAUACAAUACCGGAUUGCAAAUUUCCAUUGUUAGAAGCUCAAGACUUUGCUUUAGGAGACAAUUCUAUGCAGGUGCACAAAAUCAAAUGCAGUAAAUAUUCUGAGUAUACAAACAGUUUUUGUGAUAAAUAUAUUGUUUUGUGAUAAACAAUAUAUUGAAAUAUAUAAUUCUUGUGAUAAACAAUAUAUUGAAAUAAUGCUGGUAAAGCACUUGGAUCAUGAAAAAAUCUUUAUUCACAAUAUUGUUCUCGUGGCACAUGAUAUUGGAGAGCCUGUUAAGUUCAGUUUACUGUGAUGGAUGUUGAUGAUAAUGCAUCUGUUUUUAGCCAAUACUUCUAUAAAGUAAAUAUUUGGAGCCACAAUAAUCAUAUUAACAUUUCUUGAUAAUAGAGAAAGAAACCAACAAAAAAUUAAAUAUUUAGAAAAAUCCCACCCAAAGCUUCUGAAAUAGAUUACAUGAAUGCAAAUGUGGGGGAAAUGAAAAUUGUAGGAAAUUAAGAUUAUGACAAUUCUGUACAUUAUAACAUUGAUGUUCAAGUUCUGGAUGAUGAAGAUUUAUUGGACAGAUCAACCCCUACUAUGUGUUUUAUGGAUCACUUCCAUCCCUAAAUAUUAUCCAUCCAUAACUGUGAUAAUCUUUCUAAAUUUGCAAGAUUGAAGACUUGUCAAAACAUCAGAUGUUCCAUUCCCAAGAACUUCCCUUUCAAAUAGCAAGAUCCUAUGGUAAUUGUUACAGUUUUCAUACAGGAAGAGCAGUUUACAAUAUCACUGUUAUUAGUUGGAGAUCUGCAAUCAGUUUACACUGCUUAUUUAAACAACUGGGGGAAAGGCUAGAGGGGACUCCUUAUUUCCUGUGCGAAGGCAAAUGAGUGAGACAAUUGCAGAAUAACAUACUUCAUCUGUUCAUCACAGUGGUUCAGUGCUUUUCUGUACCUACUUUCUGUUAAUUCUGAGAUUGGAACUAUGGCAUGCUAUCUUUCAGUUAUGAGAGAAUGAAAGAAAUUCAAUUCCUGAUUAAAGCACAGCUCCAAUAUGUCAGUACUUCUCUUCAUCAUGGAUGAGACUCUUGAGACCACCCCUCCCACUGGAGGCUGAACUGGGGUAGAGCUGGGUCCUCAAUCUUCUGAUACACAUUACCUGAUCACUGAAGUAGUGGCAAUAGAUGUGGAUUCCGAUCAGAAUGGUUGGCUCUCUUACCAGUUGGUGAUAGCAAUGAACCUGAAUUGGAAUUCUACUGAAUUCCACACUAGUGAGAUCAGGACAGCUCUUUUGUUUCUGCAGAAAGAUACAUACGGUAAUCCUUUGCUGAAGAUAUUUUUGAGGUAGUAAGGAUUUCCCAAAAGUGCAGAUGAGCUAUCUUAAUUAAAUUUGGGUUCCUUAACAUUGUGCAAUAUUUGUUUUUAUCUAUGGCUAUCAAUGAUGGAGAAGGAAUACAAUUCAUUUGGUAUUUUGCACCAAAAUUUCAAUAUUUUUUUUGUAUAUGAAGAUACCUUUAUCACACAUACAAACUAUUUGUUCUCAUCAAAAACCAUUUCUCUUGUGCAUAAAUAUGCUUGUCAGAAUGAAAGAGCAAGAAAAUAUCAGUUAUUUGUUUAUUCUCCUUAUGAAGGAAAGACAUUAUGAAGAUGUUUCUCAUCUUAAAUAAAGCUUUAUAUUUGUUUUGAGUGAUCCUUAACUUUCAGCCUGAUCACUGCAGAUACAAGCUUAGUAUCUCAGUGGCUAAAAUGGUAUUCCUAAAGAAAGAAUGCAGGGAUUUUCACUUACUAUUUUCACCUAUUCUGAUAUGGAGGAAAAUAUGGAGGAAAAUUAUUAAUGUAACCAUCUACCAAAUCACCCAAAAACAAAUGUGGUGUAUUUCUUCAUCUACUAGCCAUUGAGAAUUUCCACUGCUAAGCAAGGUAGUUGUUAAGUGAAUCCAUCUUCCUUCACUGACUUUGGUUGUCGGAAGUGGCUGAGAAGGUUGCGAAUGGUGAUCACAUGAUCCUGGGAUGCUGCAACGGUCAUAACUACAUGCCAAUUGCCUAACGCUUGAAUUUUGAUCAUGUGACCCUAUGGAUUCUGUGAUGGUCAUAAGUGCAAGGACUGGCUAUAGAUAACUUUUUUCACUGCUGUUGUAACUUUGAAUGGUCGCUAAACAAAUUGUAAAUUGAGGAUUAUCUGCAGUAUGUUUAUGCCUGCUGGUCAACUUCAGACUGGAGAAAAGAACUCAGAUGAGUAAAUAUUUCUGUGUGUAACAAAUUAAUGUGAAAUAAAUAUGAAAUAAAAGUUUUGUACUAGGAUAGCAAUAGCACUUAUAUUUAUAUACCGCUUCACAGUGCUUUAUAGCCCUCUCUAAGCAGUUUACAGAGUCAGCAUAUCACCCCCAACAAUCUGGGUCCUCAUUUUACCCACCUCGGAAGGAUGGAAGAUACUGCACUCUAACCUCUGCGCCACUGUGGAUCCUUCUCUUUCACCCCUUUCUUUCCCUGUCCCCUCUGACUUUAGCUGAAAAUGCAAAGAUCAGCUUUCUUUAAGUACUUGAUCAGGGCUUAUAUUUAUAUAUUUACCUUGCUGAUGUUGUAAAGUACCUGUAAAGGUGGUAUGAGAUUUGCAGAUGCUAUAUAAGGUUCUAAUAUAAGGUUCAGUAGAGAGCCCUGACUUCUCUUUCAACAAGAAAAAUAAAAUAAGCAAAGAGAACAUAACCUGUACAGCCACUGAAUGUGGAAAUAAACUUUGUGAACAGAUAUUCUUCUCUAUUAAAAAGAAUAACAGAUAUUGCCAUUAAUAGAAAUUGGGAGAAGGAGGGAACAAAAAGAAUAUAAUAUAACUACAGUGUACUGUCUUUUCACAAGAAUCCAUUAAUGAGCAUUCAUUGAUUUGGCUACAAAGAAUGAAAUCAACAAAGUUUGAUCAAAAUCAGUCAUGAUGUUCUUCUAAAAAUAGGACCAUGGAAGAUCAAUUAGCACAAGAAAAAAAGGGGAAAGUGCUAAGUCCCCCAUUGCUGAAACAUUGGUUAUCUUUAAAAAAUACUGCAAAUAAUAUUAUAUUUAGUGAGAUAUCUCUAAAUAUUAUAUUUAAUGAGAUAACUAGUAGCUAUAUUUUGUAAAGCCUAAAACAAUGUGGAGUUUGAUGAUUUGGGAGUAUGGAGUUUUGUGUGAUUGAAAAUAGUACAUUGGCUACUUUUAUUUGUAAGUUAACAAUAGACCAAGUGCAAAGUUAUACAAUUAGGAAUUAGAGAAGAAUAACCAUAUUGCCUGAUUUGAUACUUCUUCUUGUAAUCACUUCUAAUUCUAUGUGAGCUGAUGAUUUCACAUGACUGCCUGACAUUCUUCAUGCUCCUCUAUGCCGCUUUUGGCUUCUCUUUUUCAAACACCUUCACUUUUCCUAAGCAUCUGGGCCUUCUCCUAUAACUUUUGCCAUCACAUUAUGUGUCCAAAUUAUUUAAACCUUACCUUUCUUAUUAGUAUUUCUGGUGAGCAGUCUAGUUUUAUUCUGUCUGUAGAAGUUAUGGAAAAGAGCCUAGAAUAAAAAUUAUAAACUGAUUAUUUAUUAAAUUUUUUAAUCUGUUUUCAUUAUUGUUAUAAACAAGUCAAGGCCCCAAACAUUAAAGAUUAAUAAAUAUUAAUAAAACAUUAAACGUUAAAGACCUUGGAGUUUUCAUGUCAAAUGAUCUAAGUGCCAAAGCCCACUGCAACUACAUAGCAAAAAAAGCUCUAAGAGUUGUAAACCUAAUUUUGCGUAGCUUCUUUUCCAAAAACACCACACUACUAACCAGAGCAUAUAAAACAUUUGCUAGACCAAUUCUAGAAUACAGCUCACCUGUUUGGAACCCUCACCACAUCUCUGACAUCAAUACAAUUGAGCGUGUCCAGAAAUAUUUUACAAGAAGAGUUCUCCAUUCCUCUGAAAACAACAAAAUACCUUAUCCCACCAGACUUGAAAUCCUAGGCUUAGAAAACUUGGAACUCCGUCGCCUUCGACAAGACCUAAGUUUAACUCACAGAAUCAUCUAUUGUAAUGUCCUUCCUGUCAAAGACUACUUCAGCUUUAAUUGCAAUAAUACAAGGGCAACCAAUAGAUUUAAACUUAAUGUAAACCGCUUUAAUCUAGAUUGCAGAAAAUAUGACUUCUGCAACAGAAUCAUCAGUGCUUGGAAUACUUUACCUGACUCUGUGGUCUCUUCCCAUAAUCCCAAAAGCUUUAACCAAAAACUUUCUACUAUUGACCUCACCCCAUUCCUAAGAGGACCAUAAGGGGCGUGCAUAAGCGCACAAACGUGCCUACCGUUCCUGUCCUAUUGUUUUUCUUUUCUUCUUCCUAUAUAUGUUUAUAUGUGUAUAUACUACAUAAUCUUUUUGUAUGAUGUUGUGACAAAUAAAUAAAUAAAAUAAAAAUAAAACAUACAUAAUACUCCUUCCUCCUCUUAUUUUCCUCACAACCAGCCUAUGAGGUGGGUUGGGCUGGGCUAAGAAAGAAUUGGUCUAAAGUCACCCAGUUGGCUUUCAUGCCUAAGGCAAGAUUAGAACCCAUGGUCUCCCAGUUUCUAGUCUGGUGUUUUUACUACUAAACCAACUGUGAUGUCAUGUGGCUGCAAGAAAGACAAAUGCUAUUUUAUCUGCAUCACCGAAAGUGUUCAGCUUUAUCCUGCAUUAAUCACAGUUCAUCUCAAAUACUUUGUACUUAAACACCAUUGUUUAAGAAGUAUUAAAACUGGAACUGCUUUAAAGAAGGGGACUGAGGAAGAUCAGGAACUAGAAAUGUAAUAGUAUUAAGUGAGUCUGAAGGAACUAAAAAUCUUUAGUUUGGAGAACAGAAGAUUGAUAGAGGAUAUGAGAACACUCUUCAAGUUCAUAAAUGGUUGUCAUAUAGAAGACCACCAA